CUCCUCACCUGGCAACUACUGCUACAACAAAUCCAAAAGGCUUGACUAGAGUGGAGCAGUCAUCAUAAAAGUUUGUUUACCCAGACGUUAUCCAAAUAUGAAUGCGUUUGCAUGAAAACAUAUGAUUCCCAGAUCCCAGUUGAAGAGAAAAUGGUAAAACAGAGCAUCCAGAUCUUUGCCCGUGUAAAACCCACAAAGAAACCGGCCUCGGUAUACUGUGUGGACAAUGGGGAGCCGGCGGGUUCCAUACUGGAGUUCCUGGUACCCAAGGACCUGGCUGACGGCUUCAUAAACAACAAGAAGGAGACCUACAAGUUCAGGUUCCAAGAGGUGUUUGAUCAAACAGUCAAGCAAGAGGACAUAUUUGAAGCCAUCGCCAAGCCAGUGGCAGACAGUGUAUUGUCGGGAUACAAUGGUACCAUCUUUGCCUAUGGCCAGACUGGUAGCGGGAAGACCUUCACCAUCACAGGAGGCGCUGAGCGCUACAGUGACCGGGGCAUCAUCCCUCGCACGCUCUCUUACCUCUACCAGCACUUCAGCCAGGACAGCAGUAUGGUGUACACCACCCACAUCUCUUACCUGGAGAUCUACAACGAGGUGGGCUAUGACCUGCUGGACCCCCGGCACGAGGCCUCUCGCCUGGAGGACCUACCGAAAGUUACCAUCAUGGAAGACCCGGACCAGAACAUACACCUGAGAAACCUGUCACUCCAUCAAUCAGCCAACGAGGAGGAGGCUCUCAACUUGCUCUUCCUGGGAGACACCAAUCGCAUGAUUGCAGAGACCCCUAUGAACCAGGCGUCCACGCGUUCUCACUGUAUCUUCACCAUGCACGUGUGUGGCCGUGAGCCCGGCUCGGUCACCGUGCGGCGUUCCAAGCUACAUCUGGUGGACCUGGCGGGCUCGGAGCGGGUGGGCAAGACAGGCGUAUGUGGGCAGCUGCUCACAGAGGCCAAGUACAUCAACCUGUCACUGCACUACCUGGAGCAGGUCAUCAUUGCUCUCUCAGAGAAGAACCGCUUGCACAUCCCCUACCGAAAUUCCAUGAUGACGUCGGUGCUGCGGGACAGCCUGGGAGGGAACUGCAUGACCACCAUGAUCGCCACUGUGUCUGUGGACAAGAGAAAUGUUGAUGAAUCCAUCUCCACAUGUCGCUUUGCCCAGCGGGUCGCUCUGAUCAGGAACGAGGCUUUGCUGAAUGAAGAGAUGGACCCUGCCCUGCUAAUUGUGAGUCUGAAGAGGGAGAUCCAGUGCCUGAAGGAAGAGCUCUCUAUGGUGACCGGGGAGAAAAGAGAGGACCAGCUAACUCAAGAGGAGAUUCAUAAGAUGGAGGAGCUGGUCAAGGUCUUUCUGGAAGACCCUGAUUGUGAGGUCACACUGGCAUUGGGACCUGACAUGAGAAAAAUCCAUUACUGUUUCUCUCUGCUAAAGGUAAUGAUACGAGAGAGGUUGUCUAUUGGAGACGAGGUAGGUGACCACCCAAGCCCUCCCCCACCUGUGGUAGUCCCCGACCAAAAAGACAGCCCCCAGCUCCAGCCUGCAGACCUGACCAAGCUGAGGGAAAUGUUGACUCAGCGCGAUAACGAGAUCAGUAUCCUUCCUAUGCUGCAACCUUACAAGUAUUACUCAAGUUCAUCUCUGUCAUCUGUUUGUGACUACGAAUUGGAGAAUGUUCUGGCAAACACAUUUUCUAUUUCUGUUGAAGUCAUUAUUGUUGAGCCAAUCAAAAAACAAUUAAGCUCAAGGAAAGGCCACUUUCUACCCGAUCACCAAAAGGGUCCACCUGAUUGUGGAUACCCAGUUCCUACUUUUCAUGUGCUUACUCUUUGCUGCUAAGUUUAUUUAGUUAUUUGGCAUUUAUUUAGCCUUUAUUUAACCAGGUACAGUGCCUUUAGAAAGUUUUCAUACCCCUUUAUUCUACAUUUUGUUGUGUUACAGCCUGAAUUCAAAAUGGAUUAAGUAGAUUGUUUUUGUCACUCAUCUACACAAACUGAAAUCAUGUGUUUAGAAAUGUUUGCACAUUUAUUGAACAUUAAUACAGAAAUAUCUAAUUUGCAUAAGUAUUCACACCUCUAAAUCAAUAAAUGUUAGAAUCACCUUUGGCAGUGGGUAAGUCUCUUAAGAGCUUUGCACACCUGGAUUGUACAAUAUCUGCACAUUCUCUCAAACAUUCUUCAAUCUCUGUCAAGUUGGUUGUUGAUCAUUGCUAGACAGCCGUUUUCAAGUCUUGCUGUAGAUUUUCAAGCCAAUUUUUAAUCCUCUAGGAUUUUUCCUCUGUUUAGCUCUAUUCCGUUUUACCCCAUUUUUCUCCCCAAUGUUGAUAUUUUCUCAUCGCUUCAACUCCCUAACGGGCUCGGAAUGUGAAGGUCGAGUCAUGCGUCUUUUGAAACAUGACCCGUCAAACCGCGCUUCUUAACACCCACCUGCUUAACUCAGAAGCCAGCGGCACCAAUGUGUCGUAGGAAACACUGUUCACCUGACGACCGAGGUCAGCCUGUAGGCGUCCUGCCCACCACAAGGAGUCGCUGGAGGGCGUUGAUUGUGCGCCGCCCUAUGGGACUCCUGAUCACGGCCAUUUGUGAUACAGCCCGGAAUCGAUGUCUGGUCUGUAGUGACGAGUAUAGCACUGCGAUGCAGUGCCUUUGACCAUUGUGCACUUCGGGAGACCUAUUCCGAUGACAAGUAUACCCAUAACAUGAUGCAGCCACCACCAUGCUUGAAAAUAUGAAGUGGUACUCAGUGAUGUGUUGGAUUUACCCCAAACAUAACGCGUUUUAUUCAGGGCAUAAAGUUAAUUUCUUUGCCAAAUGUUUUACUUUUGUGCCUUAUUGCAAAUAGGAUGCAUGUCUGUACAGGCUUCGUUCUUUUCGCCCUGUUAUUUAGGUUAGUAUUUUGGAGUAACUGUCACGACUUCUGCCGGAGUCGGUCCCUCUCCUUGUUCGAGCGGCGUCCGGUGGUCGACGUCACCGGCCUUCUAGCCAUCGCCGAUCCACUUUUCAUUUUCCAUUUCUUUUGUCUUUGUUUUCUACACACCUGGUUUCAAUUCCCCCAUUACAUGUUCAUUAUUUAACCCUCUGGUUUCCCCCGUGUUUGUGUGCAUGUUUGUUUUAUUGUUCAUGCUGUUACUGACGGCUGGUAUUUUGUUGCCGGGUUUUGUUAUUACGCCCGUUUAUGUCGUGGUACCGGUAUUUUUCCCGCACCAUAGUAUUGUGUUUAUACUGGUGUUAUCUUGUAUUAAAUACCUUG